CUCUCCCGGCGUGCCACGCGCCGGGUUUGUUGGGGGGUACUCGGCAGUGCAGCCAUGACUAUACUCCCCAAAAAGAAGCCGCCGCCUCCCGACGCCGACCCCGCCAACGAGCCGCCGCCGCCCGGGCCGCUGCCCCCGGCGCCGCGGCGCGGCGGGGGCGUGGGCGUGGGCGGCGGCGGCACGGGCGUGGGCGGCGGCGAUCGCGACCGUGACUCCGGCGUCGUGGGGGCCCGUCCGCGAGCUUCGCCACCGCCUCAAGGCCCGCUACCAGGACCGCCGGGCGCUCUUCAUCGCUGGGCGCUGGCCGUGCCGCCUGGUGCAGUGGCGGGUCCCCGGCCACAACAGGCUUCUCCACCUCCUUGCGGGGGCCCAGGUGGUCCCGGCGGUGGUCCCGGCGACGCGCUGGGCGCAGCGGCGGCGGGUGUGGGUGCCGCGGGCGUGGUGGUGGGUGUGGGUGGUGCCGUAGGCGUGGGCGGCUGCUGCUCCGGGCCUGGGCACAGCAAACGGCGACGUCAAGCUCCCGGGGUUGGCGCGGUUGGCGGGGGCAGUCCCGAGCGUGAGGAGGUCGGCGCAGGCUACAACAGUGAGGACGAGUAUGAGGCGGCUGCAGCACGCAUCGAGGCUAUGGACCCUGCUACUGUCGAGCAGCAGGAGCAUUGGUUUGAAAAGGCCCUACGAGACAAGAAGGGCUUCAUCAUCAAGCAGAUGAAGGAGGAUGGCGCCUGUCUCUUCCGGGCUGUAGCUGACCAGGUGUAUGGAGACCAGGACAUGCAUGAGGUUGUGCGAAAGCAUUGCAUGGACUAUCUGAUGAAGAAUGCCGACUACUUCUCCAACUAUGUCACAGAGGACUUUACCACCUACAUUAACAGGAAGCGGAAAAACAAUUGCCAUGGCAACCACAUUGAGAUGCAGGCCAUGGCAGAGAUGUACAACCGUCCUGUGGAGGUGUACCAGUACAGCACAGAACCCAUCAACACAUUCCAUGGGAUACAUCAAAACGAGGACGAACCCAUUCGUGUUAGCUACCAUCGGAAUAUCCACUAUAAUUCAGUGGUGAAUCCUAACAAGGCCACCAUUGGUGUGGGGCUGGGCCUGCCAUCAUUCAAACCAGGGUUUGCAGAGCAGUCUCUGAUGAAGAAUGCCAUAAAAACGUCGGAGGAGUCAUGGAUCGAACAGCAGAUGCUAGAAGACAAGAAACGGGCCACGGACUGGGAGGCCACAAAUGAGGCCAUCGAGGAGCAGGUGGCUCGGGAAUCCUACCUGCAGUGGUUGCGGGAUCAGGAGAAACAGGCUCGCCAGGUCCGAGGCCCCAGCCAGCCCCGGAAAGCCAGCGCCACAUGCAGUUCGGCCACAGCAGCAGCCUCCAGUGGCCUGGAGGAGUGGACUAGCCGGUCCCCGCGGCAGCGGAGUUCAGCCUCGUCACCUGAGCACCCUGAGCUGCAUGCUGAAUUGGGCAUGAAGCCCCCUUCCCCAGGCACUGUUUUAGCUCUUGCCAAACCUCCUUCACCCUGUGCGCCAGGUACAAGCAGUCAGUUCUCGGCAGGGGCCGACCGGGCAACUUCCCCCCUUGUGUCCCUCUACCCUGCUUUGGAGUGCCGGGCCCUCAUUCAGCAGAUGUCCCCCUCUGCCUUUGCAGGUCUGAAUGACUGGGAUGAUGAUGAGAUCCUAGCAUCGGUGCUGGCAGUGUCCCAACAGGAAUACCUAGACAGUAUGAAGAAAAACAAAGUGCACAGAGACCCACCCCCAGACAAGAGUUGAUGGAGACCCAGGGAUGGGACACCAUCUCCCAACCCCAGUACUCCUGCUCUCCGGUGCCACCUCACCUUCUUUGGCUUCUUCCCUCUUGCCUCCUUCUGUUCUUUCUGCUCUCCCCUCUUUUCCCUCCUCCUCACUUCCCUCUGGCUAGCCCACCCCUGCGUUCCCUCUCAUUGCCGCUGCCACUAUCACCUGUCUCUCUGCCAGCUGACGUGCCCUGUUGCCCCCCCUACCCCGCACAGAACCAUCCCUGCAUUCCACAGGGGACUCGGGCAAGGGUGCCGAAGAUAGACAAGAGGCACACAGAGACAGACCAACUGGCAGCCAGGCAGCCCCAGAGGAGAGAGACAUUCAGACAGAGGAAAGUCUCCCUGCCCCUCAUUCCUUCCAAGAUGAGAAAAACUUGCCACCACCCCUCCCCCCCGACACUGAUGCCAGGGAGGUGGGAGGAAGAAGUGGGAAAUUUCCCUUCCCAGUACCCCAAGAACGUCUGAGCCUUCAAUGUUGAAUUUUUUCUUUAUUAAAAUGUACUUUUAUCUUAUAAAAUCAACUAAUCAAAAAUGAUAUAAACGACAGCACUGGCUCUGUGAAGGUGGCAUCUUUCUGGGCAGGCAGGCCAUGGGGCAUGGAGGAGGGUGCAAAGAUAUGGGUUGCUGUCUUCUGGCCUCCAGCUGCAUGGAGGCCGGCCCAGGGUCUAGGGUGUGCACUGGGCAAGGGCAGGGUGGCAGGUGUCAGGCCGGCUUGGACAAUGAAACCCUGACCUUGCUGCAUUCCUUUUGCUUCCACCACCACUAGCCUCUUUGGAAUCUUGGGGUGGGGGUCAUCUUUGGGGAUUAUGGCUGCCACCCGGGAUUUGAGUGUAGGGAGUGUGGGAGCAGCCUUGGCAGAUGGGGCACCCGUGCCCUACAGGUGUUGACAAGAUCCGCCAUCUGUAAUGUCCUUGGCACAAUAAAACCAAAUGUCAGUUUCCCUGA